GUCAUGGCGACACGCAUGCAGGUUUCGUGGGGUCGCCGGCGCUGGGGCAUUUCGGGCUCAUGUUCGCUCAAUUAGGAUUCAAGUGACGUCUUUUAAUCUUGUUUUCAACGCAAAUUAGUGCCACAUCUGGUGCUAAAGACACUGUAGCGGCCGUGUGUUCGACAAACAAGCAUUCGUGCCCGGUGAAAUCAGUGUGGACCUUGCAUGGGACCUUGCAGUGCCUCUUGACAGACGAGAACACAGGUCCAAAGUUUCGCGCUCCCGACGACGUCGGGCGCCUUAUCACCGACCAUGCAGGCGACAUUUGUUGUGCUAACAACAUUGGGUCUAGUCCUCGGGGUGCAGUGUGCCCCACAAAAAGUUAUCUCGGUCACUUUGGACUCAAAGUGGAGCAGCACUCCCUUGCACCUAGAAGCUAGUGAAUUCUUUGCCGAAGAAAGCAACGAUCACUUCUGGCGUUUUGUCAGUGACUUUCAAAAUGUAGACCUCACGACCUUCUCAAACUGCACACCCAAGGCGCAGUACGAGACAGUGCUCGAAGUGGCCAGCAAGCACUUGUCGCCUGCCAAGCUCGCCCUGCUGAAACUUUCCCUGUCCCUGAGGUCUCACUCACCAGCUGUCGAGACCUUCCAGCAGGCUGCACGGGACAAAGGCUUCCCGGCAGACUGUGACUUUGUCCUCGAAGUUCGGGGUGGUGGGCACUUCUGCGAUUUGGACAAGUUGGACCAAGUCCUGCAAAAUCUCGAUGACUCGGCCCGGCUCUACACUUACAAGAUGGACCACUUCUACGCGGGGUCCCCCAACCCCCAGCUGCCCCUCGUCAUUCUGUACGGGGACCUGGCUGCCAAGGGCUUCAGGCGUUUCCACGAGGCCCUCCAGAAGAGAGCCCAGGACAAGCAGAUCAGCUACAUUCUCAGGCACUUUGUCAAGACCCCAAGCGCACGCAAAGUGCGCCUCUCCGGGUACGGAGUUGAGUUGGCCAUCAAGAGCACGGAGUACAAGGCACAGGACGACACCAAAGUUAAAGAGGAAAAGAGUGUGGUGGACUCUGAAGAAACGGAGAAGGCAGAGAACAUUGCAGGCUUUGACUUCAAGAAGCUCAAGGAGUUGUACCCUGAGAAGAAGGACAAGCUGAACGAGCUCAAGGCUCACCUCAUGGACUCCGGCAAUGAUCUUGUACCCCUCAAAGUCUGGGAACUUCAAGAGCUGAGCCUGCAGGCGGCACAGAAGAUCCUCCUCGCACCGCUGGAAGACGCGCUGCGGAUCAUGCGGGACACCUCGCAGAACUUCCCGUCCCAGGCGCGGUCGCUCGUCAACGUUGCGGUAGACGCAGGCUUCAAGAAGGAAGUGGAGAGGAACCAACAGAUGUUCCUGCAGACCCUGAGCCUGGAGCCGUCCGACGCGGCGCUCUUCUUCAAUGGCCUGUACUACGACGCGGAGGUGACGGACGUCUUCACCAUGCUUCAGCUGCUCAAGCAGGAGACGAGGCUCCUCGAGGGACUGCACAACAUCGGUAUCUCGAAAGACACGAUUCCACGCCUCAUGAAGAUGGAUCUCCUCAAUAACAAGCAAGAAUAUGGCGUUGACAUCAGAGACACCGCAGUUCAGUACAUCAACGACAUAGAGCACGACCCGUCCUACCGUGGCUGGCCCACCAGCGUCCAGGACAUGCUGCGGCCCACCUACCCCGGCAUGCUGAGGAACGUCCGCAAGAACAUGUACCAUCUGGUGGUUGUUGCAGACCCUUCGCAGGACAAUGCAAGGGACAUCUUAAAGCUCGCCGAGUCCUUUUACGUCCAUCGGGCUCCUUUGAGAAUUGGCAUCGUGUUUGCCGUCAACCCCAACAUGUCUGUGACGGGCUACCAAGACGCCGGCGUGGCCAUGCUGAACGCCUUCAACUUUAUCAGCCAGGACAGGGUGCCCUACGAGGGACUCUCCUUCAUCACCGACGUGUAUGCAGCCGGCCGGGAGGGUGUCACGGCGGAGAUCGUGAUCAAACAGUUUAAGACCAAGUACCCGGGCGAAGACCUGGAUCUCGUCUUUGGCGAGGAUUCCGACUACGACACCGGGAGAAAGCUGGCUUGGGAGUUCAUCAACAAGACUGGGAUCGGCACCGGCCCGCAAGCCCUGCUCAACGGAGUUUUACUCAAGCAGUCUCAUCUCAAUGCCGACAUGUUUGAGGAGGCAGUUUUGACGGAAAUCAUGAAACAGACUCCCAACAUCCAGAGGAGCAUCUACAAGGGAGACCUGAACGACUCCCAGGACGUGCUGGACUUCCUGAUGGAGCAGCCCAACAUCAUGCCUCGCCUGAACCAGAAGAUCCUCUCCCCCGGGGCCAACUACCUGGACAUGACCGGCCGUGUCGUUGUCGGAUUGUCCCUCGAGGAUUUUGCUGCCUUGACGAUGCCGGACAUGGUGUCGACGUUUGCAUCGCACCUGCUCUACCUAUACCCCAAAGAGAAAACCCGUUACUAUCCGCUGACCGCCUGGGUGGUUGGAGACUUCGACACCCCGUCGGGCCGCCUCCUCCUGAGCAGCGCCUUGGAGCAUUUUAUGGAGACCAACGAGAUGCGCGUCGGCGUGAUCUUCAACCCGAGCGAGGCGGAGGGUCGCCAGGAGCGGUCUGUGAACAGGGCCGUGUGGACGGCGCUGGAAUCGCUGCCGUCGGACGAGGCGGCCAGCUUCAUCCGCAAGUUGCUCAAGGAGAAGAACUACGACGACUUCCUGGCCAGGAAGAGGGCGGCCGAGGAGCUUCUGUCGCCGAACUCUAAGCCCGAGGCUUUCAAGAAGGCCCUCGAAGACUGCGACGGGGCUUUCCUCGGGUGGCACAGCUCUUUCGCCAGGCUGGCCCUCAAGCUCGGUCCCACGGAGCGAGCUGUGGUCAUCAACGGCCGGGUGAUUGGUCCAUUGGAAGAUGGCGAGGAAUUCAACACUGAUGACUUCAACCUGAUGGAGAGGUACUCCAUGAGCACUUAUGGCACCAAGAUCAAGGAAGUUAUUUCUGAGGAGGGAGCAGAACCCUCUGAACUCGACAGUGAGCUCGCCAUGAAGACUGCCUGCGUUCUGCUGUCGCACAUGCAGACCAAGUCCAGGCACUCUGUGUUGUCAUUUGGGGAAGAGAAAAGCGUCCUGAAAAUCCCGGCGUCGCAGCCAGAGGAGCCGGCCCACGAGGUGGUGGCGGUUGUGGAUCCGGUGUCUCGCGGAGCCCAGAAGGUCUCCCAGCUGCUGCUGGUGCUGCAGAACGUCAUCAACGCCAACGUCAAGAUCUUCUUCAACUGCGUCGACAAGCACUCGGACAUGCCCCUCAAGAGCUACUACCGCUUUGUGCUGGAGUCCGAGCCCUCGUUUGGCCUGGACGGCCAGUUUGGGCAGGGGCCGUACGCCAAGUUUGUCAACAUGCCCCAGUCUCCCCUGCUCACUCUGGGUAUGGCCACUCCGGAGAACUGGCUGGUGGAAGCCGUGCGGUCCCCCUACGACCUCGACAACAUCCACAUGGAGCAGGUUGAGAGUCGCGUCCAUGCCGAGUUUGAACUGGAACAUCUCCUGCUUGAAGGACACUGCUUCGAGCAGUCCAGUGGCAACCCUCCGAGGGGGCUACAGUUCAACCUCGGCACCCAGAGCAACACCGUGGUGGCAGACACCAUCGUCAUGGCAAACCUGGGCUACUUCCAGCUGAAGGCCAACCCGGGCCUGUGGACAUUGCGGCUGAGGCAGGGACGUUCCAGCGAACUCUACGACGUCACCAGCCACGAGUUCACCGACUCUCCCCAGGACUCCGACGAAGUCCUGGUCAUGAUCAACAGCUUCCGGAGUCACGUCCUCAAGGUUAAAGUGAGCAAGAAACCUGGAAAGCAAAACGAAGACUUGCUCUCCGACGGCGAUGAAGAUCCAAAUGACAUCUGGAGCUCCUUCACGCAAAUUCCUAUAAUCGGUGGCAUUUUAGCGGAAUGGAAGCAGAUAGGCAAAGCAGUGUACAGCUCCAUCGUGGGUGAGAGGCCGAAAACGGACGACGAAGAGCAAGAAGACAGGAUCAACAUUUUCUCGCUCGCAUCCGGCCAUUUGUACGAGCGUCUGCUCAGGAUCAUGAUGCUGAGUGUGCUGAAGAACACAAAGACCCCCGUGAAGUUCUGGUUCCUGAAGAACUACCUGUCUCCAACGUUUAAGGAUGUCCUGCCCCACAUGGCCAAGGAAUAUGGCUUUGACUAUGAACUCGUCCAGUACAAGUGGCCACGCUGGCUCAACCAGCAGACGGAGAAGCAGAGGAUCAUCUGGGGAUACAAGAUCCUUUUCCUGGAUGUGCUGUUCCCUCUCGACGUGAAGAAGAUUAUCUUCGUUGAUGCUGAUCAGGUUGUGCGGGCCGACAUGAAAGAGCUCCGGGACCUUGACCUGGGCGGUGCCCCCUACGGCUACACCCCCUUCUGCGACAGCCGGCAGGACAUGGAGGGAUACAGGUUCUGGAAGUCGGGCUACUGGGCUAGCCACCUGGGAGGCCGAAGGUACCACAUCAGUGCACUGUACGUGGUGGACCUGAAGCGGUUCCGGAGGAUUGCGGCCGGAGAUCGUCUCAGGGGGCAGUACCAGGGCCUCAGCCAGGACCCCAACAGCUUGUCCAACCUGGACCAGGACCUGCCGAACAACAUGAUCCACCAGGUGGCCAUCAAGUCGCUGCCUCAGGAGUGGCUCUGGUGCGAGACGUGGUGCGACGAUGACUCCAAAAAGCAGGCCAAGACAAUCGACCUCUGCAACAACCCCAAGACCAAGGAGCCCAAGCUGGUGAGCGCGGCGCGCAUCAUCAGCGAGUGGAAGGACUAUGACGAGGAGCUGAAGCAGUUCAUCGAGCGUUACGAGAAGGGAGCUGCCAAGGCGACGCUCACCGAAGGCGCCAGGCCGGCCGAAGUCAAGCCCGACGACGGAACGCCACACGACAUCCAUACGGAGUUAUGAUUAAUGCUCAACUUUGUUUUUGUACAGUGGUUGAUUUUGUUUCUUAUGUAAAGUUAUCACGCACCUUUUCACAAAUGUUUGGGUGCUAAAGCACAAACAUCAAUUUGUGCUCGGAGUGACCUUUUAAUAAAAAAAAGAGAAUAAACCAUCCCACAGAACUGGA